UUAAUUGUAUAUUAAAUAUGGAUCCUCAAUUUUUGUUAAAAGAUGAAGUCGAAUUCGAACUUGCGUGUCGGGGGUAUACUUAUCCAGGCUUAGUUUCAGCUCUUAAAAUUAUCUUAAAAAAAAUGUUAGAAGCUGAAAGCUCAAUGAUAGUCUCUUAUGAAAUAAAGUCACCGCAAGCAUCUAUUACCACCCCGGGGCUAGAACUAGACAUUUGUUCAGACAAAAUAAGCAAUGUUAUGCGUUAUGUCUCAGAGUUAAAAGAAAAGCCAGAUAAACAGUUGUACAAACGUCUAGUUUCUCGUUUGUGUCACAUUGUCAACAGAUUGAAAUUGGCCGCGCCUACGGAAGAGGAAGACAGAGAUAGGCGUAACAUACUAUUAGAUAAGGCCGUUAUAACUUUAAAAGAUUUAGAGGGCAAAGACGACAUACUGGAUGGGGAGGAAAUAACUCCGGAAAUGAAAGAGGCUUUACAUAACUCCAUAGGUGAGGAUAGUAAAAAAAUUUUAAAUCUUUUAAAGGAAGAAAAUAUGAUGACGAAACCUAUGGCAUCUACGUCUAAGGAAUUGCACGGAGUGUUAGUAGAAGAAGAUCAAAUUUUAAAAGAUUCUUUAGAACACAAAAAGGUAUGUUUUGCGCAAGAGGACUUUGAAAGUCCAACUUUUCAUGGCAAAAAGCGAAACUCUAAAUUAUUUAAUUCCACUUCAUUCGAGGAGACUCGACCAGUACGCAAGCUUGUACCUAUAAGUCAAUGGGGUGUCCAUUUUUAUGGUGACAAUAAAUUUAGCGUGAAUGCUUUUAUUGAACGGGUUGAGGAACUUCAGGAGGCUAGGAACGCAACUGAGGAUGAUUUAUGGCGUCAUGCAAUUGAUUUUUUUAAGGAUGAUGCGUUAAUUUGGUUUCGUGCAAAUAGAGAGUUUAUAAGUACUUGGAAUGAGCUGGUAAUCUUGCUUAAACGGACAUUUCAAUCUCCUUACUACCAAGAGGAACUAUUGACCGAAGCAAAAGCUAGAACACAAGGAACCGAAAACGUCAGUUUACUCAUUAGAACCCGAUUUAGCUUAUAAAUUGAGCAGAAAUUCUAUGACUAACAAUGACUUAGUUAAUGAAAUAAAAACCACCAAUAAAAGUAGUGUGAACAUGCGGUGCUGGAAUUGUCGUGAAUCUGGUCAUUUAUUCAGAUCUUGCACCAUGCCAAA